AUGUUUACUUUAUUCCAGGAUGGUGUCAUGGCAACUCAUGAUGAGGAAACUCGACGAUUUUUCAAGCACUCUUCGGUACAAGUGCUUCUUUGUCCUCGCAGUGGUAAACGACAUAGCUGGAUCAAGCAAAAGGAAGUUGGAACGAUAUAUACACAUCAUCAGAAAACUGUUAUUGUGGAUGCUGAUGCUGGAACUAAUAGAAGAAAAAUUGUAGCAUUUGUUGGUGGACUUGAUUUGUGUGAUGGGCGAUAUGAUGUUCCCCACCACCCUCUUUUUAGAACAUUGAGUACAACACAUAAGGAUGACUACCACAACCCUACUUUCACGGGUCAUGUUGGUGGUUGUCCGCGGGAGCCAUGGCAUGAUUUGCAUUCUAAAAUUGAUGGUCCAGCAGCUUAUGAUGUUUUAACUAACUUUGAGGAGCGCUGGUUGAAAGCUUCAAAACCUCACGGGAUUAAAAAGUUGAAAAUUUCAUACGAUGAUGCUUUGCUAAGGUUGGAAAGAAUUCCAGAUUUUAUUGGCAUCAAUGAUGCUCCAAAUAUUGGUGAAGAUGAUCCUGAAGUUUGGCAUGUUCAGAUAUUUCGUUCAAUUGAUUCAAAUUCUGUCAAGGGGUUUCCAAAGGAUCCAAAAAAUGCAACAAGCAAGAACCUAGUAUGCGGAAAGAAUGUGCUGAUUGACAUGAGCAUACAUACAGCAUAUAUUAAGGCCAUCCGUGCUGCACAACAUUACAUUUAUAUCGAGAAUCAAUAUUUUAUCGGCUCUUCAUACAAUUGGAGUCAACAUAAAGACCUUGGAAAAUUAGUUAGCCAAUUGUAA